AUGAAGUUGACUACCACCCUCGUUGCUGUGGCUGCGGCGCUUCUCGGAGCGACCGACGCCAAAAAGUUUUCCACAAAGCUUAAUAAGAUCCCCGUCGAGGAAUCCUUGGAUGCCUUCAGAUUCCUGGAGUACACUUCGGCUUUAGCCCUGAAGUACCUUGAGACCUACGCUGCUGCUGGCUACGGCAACUCCGCUCAGGGUGGCCAGAACUUGGCUCAGAUUCCACUCGUUCCUGAGGGAGGCAAGCACGAGGCUCCUCUCACCAACUACUUGAACGCCCAGUACUUCACGGAGAUUCAGCUCGGUACUCCAGGUCAGACCUUCAAGGUUAUCUUGGAUACUGGCUCAUCCAACUUGUGGGUUCCAUCGAAGGACUGCAGCUCUUUGGCCUGCUUCUUGCACAGCAAGUACGACCACGACGAGUCGUCUUCUUACAAGGCUAAUGGCUCCGAGUUCUCUAUCCAGUACGGCUCUGGUGCCAUGGAGGGCUACGUCUCGCAGGAUACAUUGUCCAUCGGUGACUUGGUUAUCCCUAAGCAGGAGUUUGCCGAAGCCACCUCUGAGCCCGGCUUGGCUUUUGCUUUCGGUAAGUUUGACGGUAUUUUGGGUUUGGCUUACGACACCAUUUCCGUCAACAAGAUUGUGCCACCAGUGUACAAUGCCAUCAACCAGGGUCUCUUCGAGGCUCCUCAGUUCGGUUUCUACCUCGGUGACACCGAUAAGAACGAGAACGACGGCGGUUUGGCCACCUUCGGUGGUUACGACGAGUCUCACUUCAAGGGCUCCCUCACCUGGUUGCCCGUGAGAAGAAAGGCCUACUGGGAGGUUUCUUUCGACGGUAUUGGACUUGGUGAUGAGUACGCCGAGUUGACUUCCACUGGUGCCGCCAUCGACACUGGUACUUCCUUGAUUACCUUGCCAUCUGCCUUGGCUGAGCUCAUCAACGCUAAGAUUGGCGCCACCAAGUCUUGGUCUGGUCAGUACCAGGUUGAGUGUGACAAGAGAGAUGACUUGCCAGACUUGACCUUGACUUUCGCUGGCUACAACUUCACGUUGUCGCCAUACGACUACACCUUGGAGGUGUCUGGUUCUUGUAUCUCCGCCUUCACACCAAUGGACUUCCCUAAGCCUAUUGGUGACUUGGCCAUCAUUGGUGACGCCUUCUUGAGAAGGUACUACUCUGUUUACGACUUGAAAAAGAAUGCUGUUGGCUUGGCCCCAGCCAAAUAA